GGCUUGUGUGACUGUCUGUCCGUGUCUGUCUGUCCGUCGGCGGGGAGGUGCCCUCCCCACCCCGGCCGCCUUUCAGCGCGGUGUGCUGGCCGGGAGCCGCGGGGGCGGGGCGGCUCGACCGUUAAAGUCCGUUGGCUGUCUCCCCCCUUGCAGCCUUGGGGGGGGGAGCCCAGGGUGCACGCAGGGGCUGCGCGGGCCGGCGCGAGUUCAGAGAGCAGCUGCUUUCCAGCAGGGCUGCCGUUGUUUCUCCUCAACUGCUUUCUUAGCAGCUGGGAAUAGGAGGAGGUGGCCCAGUUCCCUCGCUGGGCUGUGAAACGUGCCCAAGGCACGUUUAUGAUCACCCUGAAGGGUGAGGCCUCGCCCGGCCGCUGAAAGGCUCUGCUGGCCUCCACUGUUGAGUGAAGUGAUCGCCUGCCCAAACACAGGGCCACUUGCUUGCUCUUCCACAUGCAGUGUUUGUCUGAUUUGUUGAGUUUAUCCAGUUCCCUGAACUCGACAGAAAACUGUUCACUUUCCUUGCUGAGAGAGUGAACCUCAUCUGAGAUUGCUCAAAGUAGAAGUGAAUAAAAGUGUUUGCUAGUGCUAAGGGCACGUGUUGUGUGUCUGCAUAAAAAGGUACUUGCAAUGAUUUUUCUUGAUUUUUUGUUUUCCUGGAAGGUUAGAGAAGAUGGUUGUAGCAUGAUCAGAAUAGCUGAUUGUUGAGGGUGCUGUCAGGUGCCCUGAGAGAGGGCUAAGCAGCAGUUCCCGUUGGUCUCCUGGUGGGUUUUUUAACCCUGUAGUAUCAGUGGUUGCAUGAAACAAAGUGUGGACAAUGUAGAGUCCAUUAUUUAGAAGAGCUGCAUUUGUCUGCUACUCCUCUUUGCAGGGGGUAGCUUACAGUGCGUGAGUGUCCCAUAUUGUUCGGAGGAUUUCUUUGGCUUUGGUUAAGGCUUCCACCUAUGUAGUUCUGGCCUCAUUUGUGAUUGCUGCUGGCCACAACACAAAAUGGCAGUGUUUCUGUUACAAGAGGCUUCCAUAGUAUCAGACAAGGUUCCUGGGUCUUGCUGUAGUUAGCUGCUGCUGACUGCAAUUUGCAGUAAUCUGCACCCUUCAGAAGUGCUCCCCUGGUCUUGCUGAGGUCUUUCAGUUAGAUCAGGAGAAGAAAUUACUGGGUGGAUAUUCAGUUAUUAAUGUUUUUGACCAGUCUAAAGAGAGGUCUGAGAACACAACUCAUGUGGACUAUGCUUUCAGAUUGUCUGGCUGGGGUGGUGGCGUUAGGUUUUUGUGUUAUUCAGGUUAGAAUUGCUGCUGGUGCAUUGACAGUGACACUUGUCAAAUGUAGAAGGCUAGUUUGUGGAGUAGCUUAGAUAGUAGUUGCCUUGUAGCUGCAGUUUAAAUCUUGCUCAGUGUCAGAGUUUGAGGGCACUCUGCAGAGUGCUGCAGGAUGGAAACCUGACCCCUGCAGAGGUGGUUAUGAGGAUUUAUGGGAGAGAACAAUAUUCCUAAUUCUUGCUAUAAAGUUUAGCACGUUCUGGUGUAUCUGACCUGUUGUUGGCAGGUGAAGAAAUGGCUGGCUUACUGACAUAGACAUGCAAACAAAAAGCUGUAGUGCGGACACUUCUCAAUAAAUACACCUUUACUGUGAUAUUUAUUCCCCUUCAUAAUAAUUGCAGCAUUAGUAGGAUAAAAAACUGUCCAAACUUUUCAGGAAAGUUUUAAUGUUUUUAAUCUGUGGUUCAGAUUUCUACCUGUUACAUUUUAACGGUUAGCGUUCAGUGUUUUGUAAUAUCCAGCAUCUUUCCACCAUUAAAUCCACCAUUACUCAUGCAUGUGCAAAUUAAUACAAAAAGCUUAACUGUAAUCUCUCUGAUAGAGAGGAAACAGAACCCAAUGCUGCAGAACAGUUAAAUGGUGUGAUACUGUCAAGACCUGUUUUUGCAGAAUUUAUCUACUGGUUAUGUCACCAGGGAGCCCUCAUCUUUCAUUUGGGUUUGCAGGCUGAAAUCAUCGGUUAGCUUCCUCACUCGACCAGAUCGACCAAAUCUAGCUUAUCAUAAACUAAAAGGCAGGAAUCCAGGGAUUAUUUUCCUUCCAGGCCUUAAUUCAAAUAUGAACGGUCAGAAAGCAAUUGCCCUUGAGGAUUUCUGCAGCUCUCUAGGUCAUGCCUUCAUCAGAUUUGACUAUACAGGAUGUGGAAGUUCAAAUGGUAAUAUCGAGGAAUGCACAGUAGGGAAAUGGAGAAAGGAUGUUCUGUCUAUACUGGAUGAACUUACAGAGGGACCACAGAUUCUGGUGGGCUCCAGCUUAGGGGGAUGGCUGAUGCUUCAUGCUGCGAUGGCACGCCCAGAUAAAGUAGUUGCUCUAGUUGGAGUAGCUGUAGCGGCAGAUCAUCUUGUAACAACUUUUAACAGGCUUCCCAUUGAGGCACAAAAAGAAAUAGAAGAAAAAGGUGAAUGGAAGUUGCCAACAAAGCAUAGUGAGGAAGGCUAUUACUCUCUGACAUACGACUUCAUUAGAGAAGCAGAAAACCACUGUGUGUUGAAUAGUCCUAUUCCUGUAACGUGUCCCAUAAGACUUAUUCAUGGCAUGAAGGAUGAUGAUGUCCCUUGGCAGAUCUCUAUGCAAGUUGCUAAUCGUGUUCUGAGCAAAGAUGUGGACAUUAUCCUCCGCAAAGUUGGCCAACAUCGUAUGAGUGAGAAGGAGGAUACAAAACUUCUUGUGAAUACCGUUGAUGAUUUAAUUGACAAGCUGACAACACUAGCAUAAGCUGUAUGGUAGCAUAAAUGCAUGAACUCUGCACCUGACUCUUUUCCAUGAGUAGCGGAAACCCUGUUCUUAAAAAGGUGAUGCCAGGGUUGUGACUAUCACAGUAAGAACCAGAGCUUUAACUGCUGUUCCUUACCUCUGUUUUGUAAAUACAGGUAUUUUUAUUAAUGCUGCAUUUGCACAGAUAGUUCAAAAUGUGAAGAGAGUGCUGCUGUUUGUUUUAACAUCUCUCCUUCACCACUUACACCUUUUUUCACGAGCUUCCUGCACUUGUUUUGUACUGAAACGCUUACCUUUCUUAUUUCAUGCCAGUGGUUCAUUUUGUUACCACGUGGCCUGUACAAUACAACUUAAUUUUCUCAUUUCUUUGACACCUUUACAGUAUUGUGCUUUAUGCUUUAACAUUCUUGUUUUAUGUCUGAAACCUUUCUGUGCAAACUGAAAUACAACCUAAGUGUUUAGCGAAGUUGUUAUAAUUAGAAAUAGAGUAAAUAAACAUGAAGCAUAAUAAACAGAUUUCAAAUAGAAUAAUGAUAGUGUGCUUAAAUAGUGUUAAAAUUGUGAAACAAAAGGCAUGUGAAGCCAUGAUGGUGUGCUUGGAGUGCUGGUUAAGGAAUAAGUUAUUUUGGAUUUGUUUAGAGUAGAUCAAGACCAAGUUUUACAGAGAUGAAUACCCGUAGGCCUGUUACAGGGCUACCCACAUGUAUGGGAAGCCUGCUGUUGCUGUCUUAAGAGCCUAAGAAUGCAGUGCCUCCAAGUGUGAAUAGAACUCCCUUAUCUAUACUUACAAGUAGAAUUUAUGUCAUCUUCUCCAGGCUACCUUUGUAUAAUGUUUAAUUUGUGAGACUACUUAUUAAGGGAAUAAUAUAUAAUCUUGGUGUGAAGCAAACUGAGGUUGGAUCGAUAUUGUGACCCAUUUACUUCUAUAGUAAUUGCUUAAGAGUGAGGAGUAUAAGACGGUAAGGCCUCACUGCCUCUCUUCUAUGUGUAGAUUAUCAGGAACAGUGUCUUCUGGAGCUAACUUGAGGAGCGCAAUUGCCAACAUGAACAACUUUUAACUGAAACUUAGAGGUAAUAGUUGGAUUGUUCUUGUAACAUAAAUCCCUUAGAAUUUAAUAGUAUAUGGAUUUAAUUGCAAAUGUGACUAUUACCUGUCCUUUAUCAGAACGUAAGAUGUCAUUCAUACAUUUGGAAUAGAGAUGAGAACUUAGGUGAGAGGUUGGAAUUAGUUCCGUUUGCCUUAAUGAAAAACCUCAGUCAGAAACAUUUAGUAGUUUCUGGCUUUGCUGUUUUAAAUAGUAAGUGGCAUCACUAUUGAUAACCAGAAAACUAAGGCUUCUAGGGGCAAGGUAUUUCUAUAGGAUUUGUCUUUUUCAGUGUUAGCAUUCUCAAUAGAAGUUCACUGUACAGAGCUUUGCUGAGGUACUCAUUUAAUAAAAUUUAAAAAAUUACAAAAACUACAUUUCAGAUGACUUCUUUGGAAGUAGGGCUUUAUUUAGGCUUCAGCACUGCAAAAAGCAAGAAGCUGUGAUGUGAAACUUUUGGAUCCUGGUAGGAGGAUAAAAGAGAUGGCUCUAGUUCGAAAGAAAGCUAUAGUAAGGUUAUAGUAUAGAUGUGACCCUUCUAAUUUAGGUGGACUACUUCCCUAAUUCAAUUCAUUUAGUUCAGGAAUAUCUGUCUUAGGAAUUACAUCAUUCCAUGGAAUGUUGUUUCCAAGUAUUUCUUGUUUCUGAAGGGAGUAAAUGCUUUUUCUGCCAGCAUGAACAUGCGGUUCAUUACUUAAGCUUUGAAAACUCUUAAAUACAUAUUUUUUAGGAAAACUUAAUAAGAGGGCUUAUGAAAAUUGUUGACCCACUUCCAUUCCUGAAGCUUGAGUUGUGUUCAUCUUUAUGUAUUGUUAAACAGUUAUCUUCUUUAUAUGCAUUCAUAUGACUGUUGCAUCUAAUACAACCUGAAGAAUACAUUUACGAGAGUUUUAAAGAGGCAGUCAAGUCAAAAUUAAGUUACUUUAAAACUUUUUGCUGUUAGCUUACCUAUGACAACUUCUUUUUUGAUUCACUUGUCGUGUCUCUUAGAUUGCUUUGUCUCUUAGAGGAAGAAAUAAAUGAAAAGAGGAAAGCAAAUUGCAGUAGUUCAGAAUUACUUCAAUUUUAAUGAAGGCACAAGGUUACCGAUUGUAAUAGAUGUAUUUUCUUUCACAUUUAUUAAAGAAGUUAUUUCAGUA